ACUGUUAGUUGUAGGCAUUUCGUAGAUGUACAUUUUUUUCACUCUAUAAUUAUAAUUUGAGAUUAAAAUUGGACUGGUAUAUUAAAGACAGUUAUGUACUUGCAGUUUUGUUGUCUUUCUUUCAUCAACAAAUUCUGUCAUUCAUAAAUCCUCCAAACACACUUCAUAUCUGUGAGUGGCGCAAGAUUCGUGUUCUCCUAUGCAGACGGUGUUAAUUAUAACUUUACAGAGUACCUUCGGCACUUGUGUAACAGGAACUGAGUUUCCCCAUUUAAAAGUUGAAAACAAGGGGAUCUAGUGGACAUGGCAGACAAUCUUACGAAGUACGACUUAUCGAAAAUAACUUUCCAUCUUGUUGGCGCCGCACAAUUCUCGUUUAGCGUCUUUUACGAUUGGACGUUUGUUAAAAUACCGAUAGAAGUCAGCAGAAUGGGAUCAGGUUUUGGAGGAAAACUGCAGUUCUUAACGUUCUGGAAUGCGAUUUUACAAUCUGUUUACUUCGUCGUUUGUGUUACGAAUGACUGCAUAGGGACAAAUGAAAACAAUCCUAAUCGACCCCCGUUAAUUCGUAGAUUGAAAGACUACUUGCAACCGGUACUGGCGUUUCCAGUCGCUCUGUUUGUUGGUGCCACAUUUUGGGGACUCUACGCUAUUGACCGAGAAUUAGUGCUGCCACGAGCAGUAGAUCCCUACUUUCCAUGGUGGCUGAACCAUAUAAUGCAUUCCAAUAUUGUAUUGUUUUCAUUAAUUGAAAUGGUGAUUUGUUUUCGAAAAUACCCAGACCGGAUAAUCGGAAUCGGGGGCCUGACAAUGUUCAUGGGCUCGUACUUAAUUUGGACCCAUGUGGUGUUCUACAAAACUGGAGAAUGGGUUUAUCCUGUACUGAAUAAACUGGGUUUCCCACUUCGCAUGGGAUUCUUUGGGGGGCUGCUGUGCUUUGCAAGUGUGUGGUAUUUCUUGGGUGAAUAUAUCAACAAUAAAGUGUGGGCAAAAGAACUGGAGAAAAUUGAAAAGAAGAAACAGUGAGCCUCUGCAACAUCUCAUUAGAAAAGUUACUGAAUACCCAGCUAGUCAUUGAAUUUAGACUGAGAUCUUUGAAAAUAACUUUGUUUAUAGAAAUGUAUUGAAAGAUUAGCCUAAUCUUGCAUGAAAACUUUUAUAAGAAUUUUGCAGAUUCUAAAGACAGGGAACAUUUUUAUGUAUACUGAUCUUGUUUGCUUUGGUUUAGCAAAAGACUAUCUAACACUCCUUUAUGCAGCAUAACAAAAACUUUGAAAUCAGGUUAUGAAGAUCUAAAUCUAGUUGUACAUUUAUAAAAUAUUUGCUCCAGUACAAGUAACUGUACACUAUUGAAGUCUACCAAAUGUGUAACUGCCAGUACAUCUAUAGAUUCAUUCUGUGAAAAAAGACAGGAAUUUUGAGAUGAAAGAGCCCUCCACAAUGCAGCAAUAACUUUGUACCUUGCAGAUAUUAUAAGAUAUAAAACUUAGAUGAUUAAGAUGUUGAAUUGUGAAUGCUAAAUUUUUUCAGGUAUAUUUCGUGAUAUGAAUUUAAGGUAGCAUUACAUUGAUAGUGCAAAUGAUCUUAGUGGCCUUGAAAUAAAUUGAAAACUUUAGAAUGGGGAUAAAUAAGAAUUUUGCAGUGUUUGUAGUAUUUGGCCCUUGAAAUAGUGGCUAAGUGUGGAGGCACAUAUAUACAAAGAAAAUUUUGAUACUUAAUAUUCCUAGCUGCCUGACCCACUUUUCUUACUGGAAAGUAACAUUUUUUGUACUGUUAUUUUUCUGAAUGUUGAGAUUCUCAUUGUAUUGAAAUUUGUACAUAAUUAUAGAAAGUAUAUAUUUUUUACUUAUGUUAUGAAAGUAAAAUAUUACAGCCUAAAGGCCUUGAAGUUAAUGUCGUGUUUUCAUAUGUUAAGUAUUAGAAAUAAUUUGGAACUGAUAGUGUAGGAACCCAAUGUUACUACUGAUGCAAGAUUUAAAGGCUGUCAAGUCAUAAUCGCACAAAGUGCAGGUUUAUUUAAGAAGCCUGGUAAUCAAUAUAAUGUAUGAAGUUAGCAAUGAGCAUUCAUAUCAUACGGAGAAAAUGGACACUGUUUAUGACUUAAUGCACAGAUUAAUUUAACAUAAUGUUAGAGAAAGAUCUUAUGUUAAUCAUGUUGAUUUCAAUGGAAAAAUUUCUGAACUUUUAUCAGUCUGUUAACAAAUGUUUGUAAUUAUCUAAUCUAGUCAGAGCCACCAAAAGAUUUACUCGUGCGUUGUUCCUUGUAUGUAAUUCAUGCAUACAAAUUUUGAUAUUAUUUUUAAAUGUAAUGUACCUGUUACACAGUGAAGAGAUUUUUUGAUCUUGUUUUUCUGAAAUUAAUAAAAAAAAUUAUGCAAUUUUUAUAAUUUCUAUAUUGAGCCAGUGGUAUACAAUAUGAUUGUUAACCAUUCAAGUGUCAAAAUGGCCUACUCAGCAUAACUGUGAAAUAAA